CUUGUCUCGCGCUCCGGCAGAUCUUUAGGAACGUGCUGAGACAAUGGGGAUGACACAUUUUCUUGCUGGCUUAAUCAUUGCGUCAUGUUUUCUUGUAAGCACUGGACAGCAAGCAGUGUGCACCCAGGCUGAUAUUGUUUUCCUGGUGGAUAGCUCCUGGAGCAUUGGAACAGAAAACUUCCAGCAAAUCCGAGAUUUCCUAUUUACUCUGGUCAACAGUUUUGAUGUAGGCAUAGAUAAGGUCAGAAUUGGACUGGUGCAGUACAGCACAUCACCCCGCACUGAAUUCCAACUCAGUACUUACAGAACCAAGGAAGAGGUUCUCAAAACCAUCACAACUCUGCCAUACCUGGGCGGCGGCACUUACACUGGCCAGGGCCUGGACUUCAUGCUAAAAGAGCAUUUUGUGAAACAAGCAGGAAGCCGUGCUAAAGAGGGUGUGCCUCAGAUUGCGGUGGUCAUAACAGAUGGGCAGUCACAAGACAAUGUGGAGAUGCAAGCACAGAACCUUAAGCGGCAGGGAGUCACAGUUUAUGCAAUUGGGAUUAAAGAUGCAGUCGUGGAGCAGCUGAAGGAAAUUGCCACAGAGCCACAUGACCGGCACAUUUACAAUGUCUUUGAUUUCUCUGCACUGCAAGGCAUCUCUGAAGCUUUUAUUCAAAUGCUUUGCAACACAGUGCAGGAGGCUAAGCGACAGGUUUCUCAAGUGCCAGCAGGAUGCCUGGAUGAAAAAUUGGCAUUUGACAUUGUGUUCCUCGUGGAUAGUUCUAGCAGCAUCGGUACACGAGACUUCCAGGAGGUUAAGGCGUUCAUGCGCACGUUUGUGGAAGGCUUGGAUAUUGAGACUAGAAAAGUACAGCUUGGCCUUGCUCAAUUUAGCACCAAAACCUACAAAGAAUUUCUGCUGGGUGACUAUGCUGACAAAGCAGAUUUGAUUGAGAAAAUAAAUAAGCUCCCUUACCGAACAGGAGGCACAUACAUGGGAGAAGCCAUGCGCUUCCUUAAAGAAAACUAUUUCACUAGUGUGGGUGGUAGUCGGGCUGAUCAAAACGUACCUCAGAUUGUAGUAGUGAUCACAGAUGGAGACUCAGCUGAUGAUAUUAAGCAACCUGCAGGAGAGCUGCGACAAAACGGUGUUAUCAUCUUUGCCAUUGGUGUUAGUGCAACCAAUAUGACAGAGCUACAGUCCAUUGCCAACCGCCCAUCUGAGCGCUUUGUCGUAAGUAUCGAAAAUUACCAAGCGCUGCAAGGACUGACUACCACGAUGAUGGAGACAGUGUGUACCUUGAUGAGGGAUCAGGGGAAAGCCAUUGCACCAAAGUUUGCAGAUGUAUUUGUCCUGGUGGAUAGUUUGGCCCAGAGAGAGAAGCCACAGAUAAGGGAAAUUCUCAACCGGCUGGCUGUGCAGCUCAAAGUGGGCAGUGCGUCCCAUAAGCUCGCAUUGGCACAGUUUGGUGAGAAUGUUAUCAAGGAGUUUCUAUUCAAUGACUACCAGGUCACCCCAAAAGCCAGAGAGUACAUAAGCCGCUUCGAGCUCAGGCCCAAUGGAGAGCGAAAACUGGGAAAAGCAAUGGAUUAUGUUCGUACUAACUUCCUUAACACGGCUUCUGGCAGUAGAAUUAUUAAAGGCUACAAGCAGUAUCUACUGGUGCUGAGAACAGGGGAGUCCUCUGACUCUGUGCUGAGGGCCACACGUACCAUGAAGGAUGAGGAUGUGACCAUUAUUGAUAUAAGAUUGGGAACAACUCUACGCGCCCUGGCACCUACGUUACUUAGCUACCAGAUUGAUGGGAAUAUCGAUGUAGUAGUUUCAGACAUCAUAAAAAGUAUUACAGCAAAGGAAGUUUUCAGUGUUACGGGAGAUUGCAGAUCAGCCCAAGUGGCGGAUAUUGUGUUUAUUGUGGAUGAAUCUGGUAGUAUCACCACUAGUAACUUUGAUCUGGUGAAGAGUUUCCUCCAUCGCAUGAUUAGCGGCCUAGAGGUGAACUCCGACAGUGUCCGGGUGGGAAUGGUGCUCUACAGUGACAAACCCACUGCUGAAUUCUACUUGGACAGUUUUGUUAACAAGACUAAUAUUCUGAACUAUAUCAAACUCAUACCAUAUAGAGGUGGAGGAACAGCAACUGGUGCAGCCUUGAAGUUUGCCCAUGACAAUCUCUUUACCAAGCAGAGAGGUAGCAGGAAAGCUCUUGGGGUUAAGCAGAUUGCUGUUGUCAUCACUGAUGGCAAGGCACAAGAUGACGUUACCGACAAAGCUGCUGAGCUGAGGCGCUCAGGAGUCACCGUGUAUGCCCUUGGAGUCAAGAAUGCCAGUGUAGAGGAGCUGGCAAAAAUCGCAUCCUAUCCUGAAAGGAAGUUUGUGUUCAGUGUGGAAAGUUUUUUGGAUCUUACUACACUGGAGAAAAGCCUUCGAAAGAGUCUUUGUAAGACCGUCGUCAAUAGAGGGUUUGACAAGAACAAGAAAUACCUCCUUAAACAAGGAUGUGUGCAGACAGAGGAAGCAGACAUUUAUUUCCUGCUUGACCAUUAUGGUAGCACUCGUGCUGAUUUCGAAGAUGUGAAGAAGUUUAUGCUAGAGCUUCUGCAACUGUUCAAAAUUGGACCAAAUCAAGUUCGUGUGGGUGUCGUGAAAGCUGAUCGUGAACCGACACUGCAGUUCAGACUGACGGACCACAAAAACAGAGUCUCCUUAGAACAGGCAGUGAAGAACAUCAUUCAGCCCAGCGGCAGCACAGAGACAGGCAAAGCACUAGCUUAUUUGGCUGACCUCUUUAGGGAUGCCAAAAAGUCUCGCCCAGAAAAUGUGCAGGAAAUUCUCAUUGUCAUUACUGAUAAAGAAUCCCAAGAUGAUGUGAGUGAACCAGCAGAAGAGCUGAGGAAGCUAGGGGUUUCAGUCUAUGCUGUCGGUGUAAAGGAUGCCAACCAGAAUGAGCUCUUGAACAUAGCCGAUGACUCAACUAAGAAGUUCUUUGUCGCCAACUAUGAUUCCCUAAAUGCUCUCAAGAGCGAAAUUGUCACAGAUAUUUGCUCGCAAGAGGCCUGCAAGAACAAGGUGGCAGAUCUCAUGUUUUUGAUUGACGGCUCUUCAAGCAUUUAUGGCCCAGACUUUUCAACAGUGAAGACAUUUAUAAACAAAGUGGUAAAUAGAUCUGUGAUUGGUAAAGAUAAUGUGCAGGUCGGUGUGGUCCAAUUCAGCGAUUACCCAAGGGAGCAAUUUCCCCUGAAUAGGUUCUAUGACACAGUUGAACUACAGGAUGAAAUCAGCAAUAUUGAACAGUUAACAGGGAACACUUACACAGGAAAAGCACUCGCCUUUAUUUCAGAGUAUUUUGAUGAAUCCAGAGGUGGUCGCCCUGACGUGCCACAGUUCCUCGUAGUUAUUACAGAUGGGGAAGCUCAUGAUGCUGUUGCCGUACCUGCCAAGGCCAUCAGGGACAAGGGUGUUACCAUUUACACAAUAGGUGUGGGCAGUGUAAACACCACACAGCUAAGAGAGAUCAGUGGAACUGAAGAUAAAGUCUACGUUGAGAGGGAUUUUGAGGCACUUCAGUCCUUGGACAAAGACCUCCAAUUCAAACUCUGCAGCCCCACCACAGGUUGUGAGACAACACAGUUGGCAGAUGUAAUCUUCCUGGUGCAGUGCACCAGCCAGAUUCGUUUCCAGGACUUUGAAAGCAUCAAAUACUUUUUAAUUUCUGUGGUGAACAACACACAGAUUGGGGAAAGUCUCAUUCGCUUCGGCAUAAUUGUCUACUCAGACACUCCGGAAAAAUUAUCUUUAAACCAGUACUACAGUAAACGCCAGGUACUAGGGGCUAUAACAGCUUUGAAGUUUCCAACUGGAAACACCUACACAGCAAAGGCUCUUGAAUACUCACUCAAUUACUUCAGUGAGGCCAAUGGUGGGCGAAGGAAACGGGGCAUCCCUCAAAUGCUAUUUGUAAUCACAGAUGGUCGGGCUGCAGACCGACAGAAUUUGCAUGCACAGGCUGAUGAAUUUAAAGCAAAAGGUAUAAAUGUUUAUGGAAUCGGAGUGGCAAGGGCACAAAGGAAUGAGCUGGAGAUUAUUACCAAAAACACAAGCAGGAUCUUCCAGGUUGGUAAUUAUGAUGCCCUUCAAGGUUUGCAGCAGAACGUCUCCAGUGUGCUCUGCGACACAACCAAACCAGAAUGCGAAAAGGAAGUAGCCGACAUGGUGUUUCUCAUUGACGGAUCUGAAAGCAUCAGCAAGGACUCGUGGAAAACUAUGAUUAAUUUCUUGCUGAGCCUUAUGGACAAGCUCCGUAUUGCACCAGACCUUGUCAGAAUUGGUGUAGCCCAGUUUAGCACCUCUUAUCAGAAAGAGUUCUACUUGAAUGAGUAUAAAGAUGUGAAAGAGGUGACAUCAGCUAUUAAAAAAAUCACACAGAUCAAAGAAGGGACACUAAUUGGAAAAGCUCUGGAUAACGUAGUGGAAUUCUUUGAUGAAAGCAAAGGGAGUCGCAUAAACGAUCGUGUACCACAGAAUCUCGUGCUUAUUACUGAUGGUGCUUCAUCAGACAGAGUGAACGAAGCAGCUGAUCACCUCCGACAAAAGCGCAUUAAUAUUUUUGUGAUCGGAAUAGGGGCUAUCUCAGUGCCGGAACUUAGCUAUAUUGCUGGGUCACCAGACAGGUUCUUCAAAGUGGAGAACUUCAACUACCUUAAUCUGACUAUAGCAACGUUCUUUGAUGCCCUUUGUGACCCUGUACCCCACUCUGAUGAAAGAAGUUGCACUGUUGAGAUUGCCAUCGGAUUUGAUAACUCCCGCACCAGUUCCAGCUCUCGAUCAAUCUUUAGGGACCAGAAAAAGCUUCAGACCUAUCUGCCAAACAUUAUCCAGUAUAUUUCAACUGUGCAAAACCUGUGCUGUAUCACCGAACCUACCCUCAGUACCAAAAUAGGCUUCCGUCUGGUCGCUGCUAAUGGACAGAACCUAAAUGAUUUUUCAUUUGAAGAGUACAAUGAGGAUGUGGUAAAAAAAGUGAUGGCGCUGCAGACUACUCAAGUGCUGUCAUUCAACACCAUGCUUCUGCGUUCUUUUCAGGAGAAGUUCAGCACUUCCCGUGCUUCUGUAAAGGUAUUGAUCAUCUUCACAGAUGGAUUGGAUGAGCCUGUUGAGGACCUUCUGCUCGCUUCCAUUAACCUCAGGAAGACCGGUGUCAAAGCACUGCUGACUGUGGCUUUGGAUGGAGUGAAGAGCACUGCUGACCUGCAGAGACUAGAGUUUGGACGUGGGUUGAACUACAAACAGCCUCUUACUAUCGGCAUGCAGAAUGUGGCCAGUGUCAUGCACACCCAGAUUGACACAGUGAUCUCAAGGGUGUGCUGUGGUGUGAUGUGUAAAUGCACUGGCCAAGAGGGAAUACAUGGACAACCGGGGUUCCCAGGGAGCAAGGGAGAACCUGGACAGAAGGGACUUCCUGGUUUCCCUGGAGAAGAGGGAGUAGUUGGCGAGAGAGGACCACCAGGUUUGAAUGGAACACAAGGACAUCAGGGGUGCUCUGGAAGAAGGGGCAUAAAGGGUGGCAGAGGAUACAGGGGUGAAAAAGGAGAAGAGGGCGAAGAUGGUUUAAAUGGGGUAGAUGGCGAACAGGGUGACACUGGAUUAGCGGGAAACCAAGGAGAGCGAGGAGAUCCAGGCAGCCCAGGUCCACGGGGGAUCACAGGAGACCCUGGAUUGCCAGGACAACGAGGUCUGAGAGGAGAUCCGGGAGAUUCAGGACUUGAUAACAACGUCCGCGGUCCAAAGGGCGACACUGGCAGCCAAGGUCUACAGGGUGAACCAGGUCCAGAUGGUGUUCCAGGCCAAAAUGGUGAAAAUGGCAGACCAGGCCCUAAUGGCAGAAGAGGCUCUCCGGGUCAACUGGGUUCCAGAGGGCCUCCAGGAGGACCAGGACUACAGGGACUCCCUGGGGCCUCAGGCCCGUCGGGUGCUGUUGGUCCACCUGGUCCUGUUGGACAGAAAGGUUUUCCUGGUCUGCCUGGACCUCAGGGAUCUCCUGGCACUCCAGGCAGGCCUGGAUCUAAAGGAAGCUUUGGGUCAAGGGGACAGAAGGGCGAGCCAGGUGACCCUGGAGAGAAAGGAGCUUUUGGACCUCCAGGCCAAAGAGGACUGCCGGGAAAAGAUGGUUCAGACGGAUAUGGAUUCCUAGGACCCAAAGGACAGAAGGGAGAUACUGGUUUCCCAGGUUAUCCGGGACUUCAGGGUGACCGUGGUGAUCCUGGAGUAAAUGGAGGUGUUGGCCAUAAAGGCAACCGGGGAAGAGGGGGAAAUGCUGGUAGUCUUGGACCGCCUGGUGAGCCUGGUAGUAACGGGGUGCCUGGACACAAAGGCCCCAAGGGACAGCGAGGAGGCAGAGAACUAUCUGACUGUCAACUGAUCUCAUAUGUUCGAGACAACUGUUUGUGCUGUAAAGAUAAUUUAAAAUGCCCUGCCUACCCCACUAAUCUUGUGAUUGGCUUGGACAUGUCUGAAGACGUGACCCCUCAAGCCUUUGAACGCAUGCGUUCCACGGUUUUGACAUUGCUGGACAACAUCAACAUUGCAGAGAGCAACUGUCCCACGGGGGCACGGGUGGCUGUCAUCUCCUACAGUUCCUACACCAGAUACCUGAUUCGCUUUACAGACUAUCAUCGCAAGAAGCAGCUUAUUGAUGCGGUGAAUAACAUUGCCCUGGAGCGCACUACGAAUCGCCGUAACAUAGGUGCCGCCAUGCGGUUUGUUGGCAGGAACAUCUUUAAGCGUGUGCGAAAGGGCGUCCUGAUGAAGAAGGUGGCAGUCUUUCUCUCCAACGGAGAAUCUCUGGAUUCAACCUCCCUCACCACGGCCAUUCUGGAGUACAAAGCUCUGAAGAUUAAACUUGGGGUCAUUGGACUGAGGAAUGUCCCUUCUAUCAGAAGUGCUUUUGAGGCCGAUGAAACCCAGAGUUUUAUCUUUACUGUGCUUGGUAGAUUGCAAGACCAGAAUGCUGCUCUCAGUAAGAUCCAGAGUUGUGUUAUAUGCUUUGAUCCCUGCAGACCAGAUAGGGAAUGUGAUGGCACCAACUUGGUGCCUACUCCUCAGGAGGUGGACAUGGACUUAGCAGUGAUUGUGGAUGGCUCCCGUAGCAUCCUGGCCGAUCAGUACGAGGGCGUGAAGGAGUUGCUUGGUACAGUACUGGACCAGAUCGUUGUGAGCAGUCAGCCCAACAGGCCCGACAAACAGGCCAGAGUGGCAGUCUACCAACAGAGCUCAUCUUACAGUGAAUCCCAGUCUCCUGUAAAAGUCAUAUUCAAUUUUCAACAGUUUCAAGAUCGCAAUCUAAUGAAGAGUAGCAUCUACCAGGAGUUAAAGCAAACCGGAGGGUCUUCCAUGCUGGGCCUUGCGAUAGAACACGCCAUAAUGCAGGGCAUCCUCACGGCCCCUAAAGGUCGCAAGCACAAGAUGGUGCUUGCCAUCAUCGGGGAGGAGACGGCAUUUGAUGACAGAGCAAAGCUGGACUUUAUCUCCAAAUUGGCAAAGUGCGAGGGAGUGGUUCUCUUCACUCUGACAGUAGGUGACCACAUCAACAUUACCCAGGUGGAGGAGCUUGCCAGUUAUCCCUUAGAACAGCACAUAGUUCACCUGGGCCACUUGAAACAUGGAGAGCAGGAGUACGCUCAGCGCUUUAUGAGGACUUUCUUCCACAUUCUGAGCAGGAAUAUGAACUCCUACCCUCAUCAAUCACUCCAAAGUCAGUGUAGUGCUUUUCAACAAGGUGCAGGCCAUGGUGGACGUUAUGAGGCUGCCGAAAGACCUUUAUACAGGGUUCCUGUGGCAGCCACUUCCUUCCCAAAGGUAGAGGUGGAACAGGAAGUAGUGGAGGAGGACACAAUACAGGAGCAGUCCUCAGGCCGUGGAGACUCACUUGGAAUUGAUGACCUUGCUGACAGCCAAUGUCAACUGAACAGUGACCUUGGUACCAUCUGUAGCAAAUAUAUGCUGCGGUGGUUCUAUAAUGACACAUGCAUGGUACCUUUCUGGUAUGGGGGUUGUGGUAACAGUAAUCAUUUUGAUUUAGAAAAGGAAUGCCUUCUGACCUGUGGCAAACAAAAGCCUGAAUUACUCCUGCAGGCAAAAGAGGAAACCACAUUAUUUGAUGAUGCAUGUUUCAUGAAACAGGACGUGGGACCCUGCAGUCAAUACGUUUUAAACUGGUUCUAUGACAUCCAGCAGAAUGAAUGUGCUUACUUCUGGUUUGGCGGAUGUGGCGGAACUAAAAACAGGUUCGACACGGAGGAGGAAUGUAAAGCCCUCUGUGUGAGGCAAACUUAACCAGGAUAAUAUUCAAACAACACUUUACAUAUGAAGGUGCUCUUCACGUUUGCAUUUAGCAAGUCAAUCUAUUUCCUCAGAGUUAGACAGUAAUCUUAUAUUUGUACUGUAUUUGCUACAAAAGAACCAAAUUUUUUUAUUAUUUUAUUUUUUUUUUUUAUACAGUUAUUACUCUGAAAUAUCCAAACAAAGCAAUAAGCACAAAGUCAUGUUUGUUUUAUUCAUGGAAUCAUUUGCUAAUAAUGUGUUGUUUUUUUUUUAAUAUAUAUAUAUAUAUAUAUACAGUACAUCAAUAAUUUGUACUAUAAUACUGAUGUACUGUAUAUAAGACAUUGUCUACUGUAUGUGACAGCACUAUUAAUGUGCAAUAUGCUUUUUGAUACUGAUGAAAACUGAGUUUUUUAAUAACAUAAAAUCGUUUAAAGUUUAAAUAA